UUCUAAUGUCGAUUGUUUAUUUUCUUUCAUUGGUCGUCACAACAAUCCCAGCAAAAUAAUUAUUGGAAUUAUUUCUGAUUUGUCCUUAAGCAUAACAAAUUCAGGAAACUACUAGCGACUCCAGGAGAAGCUGUGUUUUGGUGUGGUUCUCAGCAGAAAUCAAAAUGCCAGCGGACAACGAUCAUCACGAACCGGAAACUCCGGCCACGCAACGUUUGACUAACGAUGAUUUUCGUAAACUACUUAUGACACCGCGGGCCCCACCAGGCACUGGACAUGCCGCCGGAUCAAUACGUGACGCGAUGUCCAAAGCAUCGUCGUCCACUUCCGCUGCGGGAGCGACGGUAGCGUCGACCUCAUCAUCAUCAUCUAUGAAACCACCUGCGUCUGAAAGACACGAAGCACGACGUAAAAAGAAAAACUUUUAUGCACAGCUCAAGAAGCAGGAAGAUAACAAACUGGCCGAACUGGCAGAAAAAUACCGCGAUCGGGCCAGAGAAAGGCGUGACGGCGCAAACCCGGACUAUCAGAAUCUAGACUCAUCUAGCUCAACAAGCGCAUACCGCGCUGUGGCACCGGAUGUGAAAUCAGGUUUAAACGCAGCCGAAAGGCGUAGACAGCAGAUUCAGGAAUCCAAGUUCUUGGGUGGUGACAUGGAGCAUACCCAUUUGGUGAAGGGCCUCGACUACGCUCUGCUGCAAAAAGUUCGAAGCGAAAUUGUAGCUAAAGAGAAUGAGCAGGAGGAAGAGAUGGAAAAGUUAGUCGACAUUGAGCCCUCUGCAGAGGCGUCGAUUCCAGCUCCCGGCAACACACUACCUCCACAACGGGCUAGCGUAGCGGGCAGCGUGGAUAAAGAACCGCAAGAUGAGUUGGAGUUUCGGACCGUACUGGGGCAAAACAUUUUUCGCACCUUGGAGAAACAACGCUCGCGGAAGAUUGAGCGAAACGAAAUGUUUGCUCCCGGUCGCAUGGCGUAUCACAUCGAGCUAGAAGAUGAAAAUGUCGACUCGGACAUUCCCACAACCGUUAUUCGAUCAAAGGCAGAAGUACCAUUGGAGGUAGGGGAUACACAAACGCUCACUACAAACGACAUCGUAAUCAACAAAUUAGCCCAAAUACUGUCCUACAUGCGGCAGGGGGGAAGGGGCAAGAAAAAUAAGCGCCGCGAUAAGGAUAAACCUCUGUUUAAGUUGGGCGACGAACCCGGAAGCAAGGGUAUGGCGGAUGAUUCCAUAUACGGUGACAUCGGAGACUACCAUCCGAGCCGUCGUUAUGAGGAUGUGGCAGGAUCGUCAAAACUAGAAGGAAACACGGGUCGCCACAGCUACUUCGAUAAGUAUAAUGACAAUACAGCGGCUGAACGCGAAUCCUCUAGCAUACCGCCCGUUCCGGCGCCUCCGAAGCUGUCAGCACAGCUUAUUACCAAACUUACAGCGGAACCGGAAGGUUACGCUGAGUGCUAUCCAGGGUUACAGGAGAUGAACGAUGCUAUAGAUGAUUCGGAUGACGAGGUCGAUUACACCAAAAUGGAUCUAGGAAACAAAAAAGGUCCAAUUGGACGCUGGGACUUUGACACACAGGAAGAAUAUUCCGACUACAUGAGUAGCAAGGAGGCACUGCCGAAAGCUGCCUUCCAGUAUGGCGUAAAGAUGCAGGACGGUAGAAAAACACGAAAACACAAGACAGAGAAGAACGAAAAGGCAGAGCUAGAUCGGGAAUGGCAGCAAAUACAGAACAUCAUCCAGAAACGUAAGGCUAAAUCGGGAGGCGAUGAGGACGUCGAUUUUAAGAAAUCGAAAUAUUAAUGUUCAUAACUAAGACACAUUGUGUGAACAAGUUUUAUUCUCCUUCAUAAUACUAUAGCAAUAAGUACACGCAACAUGAAUCGUUUUGCUUGAAAGCAGCUCACAUGUAAACUCCGCAAGCCAAAAGCUCCAUGCACGAAUAAUAAAAAUAUAAAGGCACGAUUACCUUUCAAGUUGGAAA